AUGCCGUGGCGGCGUGCUGCUUUCCGGCAAGACGAACUCUCGCAUGGUUAUUGGGCCGGGAGGAGACUAGGCUCUGGAGAAGGUGGAGCAAAGGCAAAUAAGAGGACCUGGCGGGCGAGGCCUGAUGAGAGACUUGGAGUCAUGAAGAAAGGCACAUUGUGGUAUGAAUGGUCAGAAGUUUUAGAACUAGACCUUGCAAGAGGAGGAAGAUUUGUUGCAUUUAGAGAUUGUAAGGAUGGGCCUUGCAGACUAAAGAAACAAUGUCAGCGAAGACACCAGACAGCAAAGUAUUCUUCUGCUGACUCAACUUUUCCUGGGAAAAUAAGCCAUUCCCACCACAUGGGGAUGAACAUGGAUAUGAGUGGUGGAGACAACAGUACCAUGCCACCUCACCAUCACCCGACCACUUCAUCCGACCACUCCCAUGAUCACAUGAUGAUGAUGAUGCCUAUGACCUUCUACUUUGGCUUUAAGGACGUGGAACUAUUGUUUUCUGGUUUGGUGAUCAAUACAGCUGGAGAAAUGGCCGGAGCUUUCGUGGCAGUGUUUUUACUAGCCAUGUUCUAUGAAGGACUCAAGAUAGCCCGAGAGGGCCUCCUGCGCAAGUCACAGGUCAGCAUUCGGUACAAUUCCAUGCCUGUCCCAGGACCAAAUGGAACCAUCCUUAUGGAGACACACAAAACUGUCGGGCAGCAAAUGCUAAGCUUCCCGCACCUCCUGCAAACAGUGCUGCACAUCAUCCAAGUGGUCAUCAGCUACUUCCUCAUGCUCAUCUUCAUGACCUACAACGGGUACCUCUGCAUUGCUGUCGCAGCCGGGGCUGGCACAGGGUACUUCCUCUUCAGCUGGAAGAAGGCGGUGGUAGUGGACAUCACAGAGCAUUGCCAUUAA